CCCUAGUGUAAAGUGACAGCAUCUCAGUGGAGACAUCUGCAGGGAUCUUUUAAGGAAGGGGGGAAAAGCCAAACGACCCUCCUCAAUGAGUGCCGAGCUGUCCAAAGGGCCCAGCCUCUCCCUGCCCCCCUGCCUUUUGAACAGGACAUCUGGCCCUGCCAAUGCCAGCACCACCUGCAUCACACAGAUGGGGCAGUUCUUCCAGUCCUUCUCGUCCACUUUUGUCUUAAUCGUCUUGGUCGCCCUCAUCUUCUGCCUGAUUCUCCUUUCCCUGAUCACUUUCCACGUUCACAAGAGGAAGAUGAAGAAGCGGAAAAUGCAGAAGGCACAAGAAGAGUACGAGCGGGACCACUGCAGCAGCGCCAGCACCAGCACCCAGGCAGGCGAUCCGUAUGAAAUACCCCAAGGAAAAGAAUCAUCCAGUCCAGAGAAAAUCGCCCAGGAUUCUGGUAUCCCCGCUACUUCUGCCCCAGAACCACAGAAUCCCCGUCCAGAAAGAUCGUGCUUGGACACAGAUAUUCCUGGGCUCUUGCAAACAGUGGUAUUGUCUUGAUUUUGUUGACUUCUU